GGACGUGGCUCUCAGGACCAUCAUGCGGGUCAUGUGGUUUGCAGGAGGCUUCCAUUGGAUGACGGUGAAGGGGCGCCAGGCGUUACCGUCCGAAGCCCCUAUCCUAACGCUGGCACCCCACUCCUCCUACUUCGAUGCGAUCCCCGUCACCAUGUCCAUGUCCUCCAUCGUCAUGAAGGCAGAGAGCAAGGAUAUCCCUGUCUGGGGCACCCUGAUCAAGUACAUCAGACCAGUGUUUGUCUCCAGGUCAGACCAGGACUCCCGUAAGAAGACUGUUGAGGAGAUCAAACGCAGAGCCCAGUCUGGAGGAGAAUGGCCUCAGAUAAUGAUUUUCCCAGAGGGAACGUGUACCAACAGGUCGUGUCUCAUCACCUACAAACCAGGUAUGGUAGAUAGUACCGUGAGGAGGAGACAGGAAAGGUAGGAGAGUCAGUAGGACAUGUUCUGAUCUAACCAGGUAUGUUAGAUAGUACUGUGAGGAGGAGACAGGAAAGGUAGGAGAGUCAGUAGGACAUGUUCUGAUCUAACCAGGUCUGUUAGAUAGUAUCGUGAGGAGGAGACAGGAAAGGUAGGA